CACACAGACAGACACACACACGCACGCAGGAAUGCAGCUCUGGCUGUGGUGGAGCAGGCAGCGACAGGUCUGACCUUCUGAAUGGAGCCUGAGCUUCACACAAAGGGCUCAGAUCAGGACGUUUUAAAUGUAAAGAGUCAGUCAGAAAGUCACGGUGCAGCGCUCAGCCGGACAGGAGCAUGGACGCUCUGCGCUUACUGGACAACCGGAGAGAGGACCUUCAUGUGUCGCAGGACCAGGCAGACAUGGACCACCUCAACAGGAACACACAAGAGUGUGGACGGCAGACUCACCAGGUGCUUCAGAGCACGCCUCUGGACCUGAUCGAGACCGGGAAGGGGCUGAAGUUCCAGGCAGAGCGCCCCCAUCUGGUGAGCCUGGGGAGUGGCCGACUGAGCACUGCGAUCACCCUGCUGCCCCUACCCGAGGGUCGCACCACCCUGGGUCACGGCCCCAUGGACAUCAGCAUCCAGGGUCCCGGCGUGGCGGCGCAGCACUGCUUCAUCGAGAACCGCUCGGGGGUCAUCACCCUGCACCCCUGCGGGAACCUGUGCGCCGUGGACGGGCUCCAGGUCAAACAGCCCACCCGCCUGUCUCAGGGCCUCUCCCACCUCCUGACUCAGGAUUCCUCCUCCUCCUACUCCCUCACAGUCUGA